AUGGUGAGAAGGCAGUCUCGACGUGACAGCAAUAAUGACAUGGGUCAAGUGUCAUCUCAAUUCGAGAGUGCCCAUAUGAAUGAGAAAAUUUCAACCAUGGCACCUCCAGCAGAUAGAACCGAGACGAAGAAGAAACGAAGGAAAAGAAAGACAAGAGCUCCGGAGGAAGAUAAUGGUCACGAUGCACAAGAGAGUGCAAGAGCUCUUUUACAACUGCGAGGGGGCCAAGAACCGAUCAAGGCUACGCAAACUGAAGACGAGAAAUCUGUCAUCUCUGAUCAUGUUCAGAGCAUUCCUCCAACUCAAUAUGGCCCUGAAAUGACGUCGCAGGAGAUCAUAGAGCAGAAUGAGAGAAUUGCUCAAGCGGAAAAGAGGAGGCGAAAGAGAAUGUCAAGAGCGCUAAACGAGCUUGAUAUAGAAGGCACCCAGCUGACAGAUGCAGAGCAGCCAUCUGCUUCUCUUUCGUCAAGGGAUCAUUCCCCAUCAGAAGAGCCAGGUGUACCUCAGCAGAGGUUGUCGCAUCCACUCGAUGAUCUUUCUACUGAUGAUGAGGUUGAUGAGAUUGCGAUUGGGACCCAAGACUUUGGGGGAAGUUCGCGAUCACAGAAAAAACCAACGACAGUUCCGUCAACCAAACCGCGGCUUGCAGAAGAAGAGGCCCCUUCUCGCCCGGCUAUAUUGCCCACAUACACAACCUCUCAACGCGCGCGAGGUAUAGAAGCUGCCACAUCCGACGGUCCUACCAAAUCACGAAAAACGAAACGAAAGCGAACCCGUGACUCAGACGUAUUUGACCCACCUCAAUCGUAUCAGCAGCAAAUAGAAGAUUCGCAACUAUCUCAAGGAGAUGAGAAAAACACUUUGACCGCACGUGCUAACGAAACUAACGCGCCUCGUCAGUCUACCCAAAGUGAAAAUAUGCCCAUCGAUCCUGGCUUACGUAGCCUUGAUUUAUCGAUGCUGGAGCAUGAAGUGGAUCGAGAUUACGCGAGCAGCCAACGUUCCGUAGAGAACCCCGAGGAUCCCGAACAACGCCAUAAGCGGCGACGGGUGGAUCAAGUCCGGCCGACUUCUUUGCCUAAUGACUCGAACGAAGACGAGAAAUUGAAUGAUACUUAUAAAAGCGCCUACAACCCAGAGGAGAAACAUUCCAGUGAAGUAGAAGGAGAGGAAAAGCCAAGUUCGUCACAGCCUCAACGGCGAAGGAAAAGUGCCACAAAUAGUGAGAAACAUUUUGGGGCAGCCGAGUUGGGUAACAUUGAGGCAUUUCGUGACAUAUGGUGUAUGGAGCACGAAAAGAGCGUCCAGCAAUUCCACGAUCUCAUCCAAGCCAACCUUCGCCAGAACCCUGAGGCGGCAGAGCUUUUCAGAGAGAUCGAGGGCUUGUUUCCUAAUGCUCGGUCGUCAUACAUCCAGCGCUAUUGCCGACGUAAGUUUCAUAACUUCCGAGCCCGAGGCACCUGGGAACCCAAUGAAGAUGAGAUGCUUCGUGACGCGGUGUUACAACAUGGUCAAUCGUGGAAGAAGAUUGGAGAGACGAUCGCACGCUUCCCCGAAGACUGCCGUGAUCGCUGGCGCAAUUAUCUAGAUAAGGCAGAAAAUCGAAAUAAGGAGCAAUGGACGGAAGCUGAGUUGCUGAAUCUAGCGGGCGCUAUUCUCGACUGUUUGGAUAUGGUCAAAGCUGAGCAAUGCGGUCAAUACAAAGAACUAAAUGGCUAUCGCGGACCUUUUGCGGAUUCAAAAAUCGAUUUGGGACCCGAGGAUAUGAAGAUUGUCAAUUGGCAAGCCGUGAGUAAUCGCAUGGGUGACGGCGGAGGUGGAAGAUCCCGAUUACAAUGUAGUAUGAAGUGGAACAAGAUGAAAGAAGCAGAUCGAAUUCAUUAUUUGCAAGAAGCACGUGAGGCUCGCGAAAGGGGUGAGGUCUUCGGUUCUAGCAACCACCCGAGCAUGAAACAUACGAGGAUCUCUGCUUGGCGCACUAAGGUCGCAAACGAUAAAGUGAAGCACAUGUAUCCUGGUGACAAGGUCGAUUUGUUGCAAGCUAUACUCGGGAGUGGCGCAUCGACUGAAGGUAAUCUACCUUGGAAAACGAUGGGACCGGAUUGGUGGAAAGACAGAUGGACGACGCAGGAGAGGAAGGCUGCGUGGUUACUGCUCAAGGGUGAGGUUGACGGCCAUGAGGACAUUGAAUAUCAGGACAUUGCACAGAGGCUCUUGACACCGUUGUUAGACGUGCGUCCGCUUGAGAGGUGGGAUACUAGAGAGUACGAGCAGGAAAGAGCAAGAAAGAAGCGACGGCCUCCAACGAAGAAGAAGAAGAAGAACAAGGAGACGGAGCUCCAUGAAGAUGAUGGCACCCCGCGACAAAAGGGCAAACGAAGGCGAAAAUCCAAGAGCAAUGCUGUCGUGCGCGAAAGCGACGAAGACAUUGAUGGCGACUUCCAUCAAGGAGGGACACAGUUCUCAGAGACUUCUCCGGGCUACGGAUCGCUUCAGAACUCUACCCCAAAGGCACAAACGGCACAGAUGUACUCGAGAAAGAUGAACCCUUUUGGUGAGGUCGCAAAUGGUGGACGCGAAGAGGGCCUAUUCUUCGAUUCUCCGGGUCAGGAUCAUGCUAAUGAACGAUUGGCAAUGAAUGAGAACAUAGGAGCAGGAUUGACGAGACAAGUCGAGAGCUUGCAAGAAUAUAGCUAA